CUUCCUCACUUCGAAUCUAUCUCCGUGCAGAAGACACUCCUCUCUCCUCCCAAGUCCCAACCAUGGCUAAAACCCUCUCCAGCAUCAUCUCCGCCAUUCUCCUCUUCACCAUCAUCUUCUCCGGCCCCGCCACCGCAAAACCCCACCGCUUCUCCCGACACGUAUCACCGGCAACACUAGGACUGAAGCGACAGAAACUCAGCCACCUUCACUUUUACUUCCACGACAUCGUCAGCGGCCGUAGCCCUACCGUCGUCCAAGUCGCCAAGGCCGCCAUGACUAACCGCUCCGCCACUCUUUUCGGUGGGGUUGCGAUGAUGGACGACCCUCUCACCGUUGGCCCCAACGUAACGUCCAAACUCGUGGGAAGAGCGCAGGGAAUCUACGCAUCUGCAGAUCAGACCGAAACUGCUUUGUUAAUGGUGGUUAAUUUUGCGUUCAUGGAAGGAAAGUAUAACGGCAGCAGUCUUAGCAUUUUGGGGAGGAACGCGGUUUUUUCCACCGUGAGGGAGAUGCCAGUCGUCGGCGGCAGCGGGCUUUUCCGGUUUGCACAUGGGUACGCUCAGGCAAGGACUCACACGUUCGAUUUUAAAACAGGGGAUGCUGUUGUGGAAUACAAUGUCUUUGUAUUCCAUUACUGAUCAGUUAAAGUUAAAGAAGAUGAGUUUAGAUUUUGGGAGUCCGUGCAAUGGUAAAAAAUUUCAUGGUUUAGUCAAUUGCUUUUUCUUUUUCUUUUUUUUUUUUUAAAUAAAUAUCAAUUAAUAAU